UGGUUCUCUGCCAAACUCUGGGUAAUAAAAAGAGCCUCAGGCGCUCUGAGCAAAAGCUGCCGCUGCUUAGCAGAGAAAUCAAGACAGGAUCUGAGAAACCUGAAAAUGAAGCCUAAAAUGAAGUAUUCAACCUCCAAAAUUUCCUCAGCAAAGCUGAUCAACACCGCAGACAAAACCCUGGCAAAACCUUGCCAGCUGAGAAGCUCUCAACAUAAGACGAAAGAAAUCUGCCAUGUAUACACUAUGAGACUACGCUCUGGUCUCAUCAUAAAAAAGGAGACCUGUUACUUUAGUAAAGAAACCACCAAAAGGUAUUCAAUAAAAAAUGGUGCAAAGCUCAAAGAAAGGCUCUCUGGCUAUCAUCAGCCUGUUUUACAGAACUCCGUCUUUGACACAGUAUAUAAUAAGUCAAAUAUUCAAGCAAUUUCACUAGUUACAGAAUCGUGUGCUUCCCUGAGCACAUACAAUGAUCAAUCUGUUAGCUUUGUUUUGGAGAAUGGAGAUUAUGUGAUUAAUGUCGAAGAUUCCGGAAAAGACCAAGAAAAAGACAAGGUGCUAUUGCGUUACCAUGAGUCUCCCUACUCUGCAAGUGAAUCAGGUGAUGGUGGUAAGCUGCUGAUGGUAAACAUGAGUCCUAUAAAAGACACAAACAUCUGCCUACAUGCCAACGACAAGGAUCACUCUGUGGAGCUCCAGAAGGGUGAAAGCCCAUUGCCAGAACAAGCCUUCUUUGUCCUUCAUAAAGAGAGCUCUGAUUUCGUUUCAUUUGAAUCUAAGAGUAAUCGUGGAACAUAUAUAGGAGUAAAAAAUAAUCAGCUCGCUCUAAUAGAAGGAAAGAAAAUGGAUACUGAAAGUAUCAUGUUUAAGCUCUCUAAAAUGUAACAUGAUAGAAAGCUGUGGGUUCUGGGAUGAACAACUGCUACAUUGAAGAAAGGAGGAGAUAGCUAAGGGAGUGUCUUAGAAUGCUGUGGGUUGUUUUCUUUAUUAUAUGUAAAAUAUGGUUUUAUUUCCCUCUAUACCACUAUGUAUUCAAUAAGAAUAUGAAUAUAUGACGCAGGAGAUUGGUAAAGAAACCUGCUGACUUUCUAAGAAAACAUAACCUUGACCUUGACUUUCUGCUUUCAGUCCAGAAGGAAUUUUAGACUUAGAGAUCUCUUCAGAAAGCAAGCACUAUAGUGCAUGUUGCUCUUUAGACAAGGAUCCAUUUUUUUAAGUUUUUUUUUUUUAAGCUACAUGAUUUCCCCUGG